AUGAAGAUACUGAACAAGUGGGAGAUGCUGAAGCGUGCUGAUACAGCUUGCUUUCGCGAAGAACGGGAUGUACUGGUACACGGAGAUCGUCGUUGGAUAACCAAUCUUCAUUAUGCGUUUCAGGAUGAACGAAAUUUGCGAAAGAAGUGUUAUGUUCGAGGAUCUUUUUUAAAACUAAAAGCAGAAUAUCCAGGUACUGAUUUUAUAAAAAGAUCUUCGAACAUAACACUUCUUUCGCUGCAAAUUUUCCCGGGAUACAGUGAUUGA